UUUAUUUGAGAGAAGAAAAAAACAUGCACACAAUCAGCCAGCUGAAUAGCUCAGUAAUUCACUGUUGAGGAAACGUGUGACGAUCUCUCCCUAAGGAUGAGGUAAUCGAAUGCGGUUUCUGAAUUGCAGAACUGAUGCAAACCUGGACACAAGCCUCGAUGCACAGCCAGCUCCCCACCCCUCCUUCCUUGUCACUAUAUUCUUAGCAGGGUAAAAAAAAUAUAUAUCCUGCCCUGCACCCCUAACUAAAGUAGGGUUCCCUCAGCCCUUCAAACAGAUGGCCAGCCUGUUUCUGAAUGUGAACCCUCUUAAUCCAGAUAUAUCUUUGCUCAGCAUAGGACAACAUGGCUGCUGGAGAUAAGGGCAGAAAACACUUGGCUCCUGUGAGAUAAAAAAGGAAUUUGCAUAAGACUUUUGACACACAUUUAUAAUGCCAGUGUGUAUUUUUUUUAAAAAUAGACCCGCCCCGUCCCUGAAAGCUAAGUUAAAGCGCCUGUAUUUUAAGACCUCACUAUUCCCAUUAGCCACUCCACUUCAACAUCUGACAUCCAGAGCCUGCCAAACAGGAAGAAAGGCUAGUAAAAUCUAAUAUCCAUAUCCAUUCAUAUAUAAAAAUAAAGACAAGUUCCAGAUUGAGCUUGGAAGGAUGGUGCUGGUUUGGUCUUGUGAUAAAAUGGACUGAUAAAUAUAGUAAUUUGCAAUAAGAAAUAAGAUGGCUUCUAGCCCCAUUAGGAAGAAAUUGAGUUUUCUGUCAACCAAAAGCAGCAAACAAAACAAAAACUAAAGAUAAUAUAUUAUGGCAAAAGCUUUUGCUGCUUGGCUUUUUAGAUGCCAUUAGAGUGGGAGUAGUGUGAACUUAGUGGAAUUGGCUGUUGUGUUUUAUUUACUCUCCUGGUUACAAGCCAUCUUAUACAGUGCCACAGGGGUGAGGAACGGGGAGGAGCCUGAGGCAGUCUGUCCGACUGCACCCCUCUGAUCUGUCGUUCCGAGCCCCGCGCGCCCGCACAGGGACCUGUGGAGUGUACGCGCAGAGUAGCUGUCUGUUUGAGGACCCAGGCGUGCAGCCGAGGGGCUGAGUUGGGAUUGGCUGAGCCUGCCAACUCCAGCCAAUCCUGUACUUGCUUUUCUUUGGUUUCAAUGCCCUGCAUUUACAAAAAUAAAUCAUUUUAAAGUAAAAGAACAUUGACAUGUGCUGGCCUUUUACAUUUCUGCUACCUGCCCCCCCUCCCCCCUUACAUUUAUGGCCUGAAGCUGUCAAUAGUUUUCAUUGAAUCUUUGUUAAAUUACAAAAGAAAGGACUAGAUUUCCAUCUUGGGGAAAACUUUGGUGUGGGAGAGUCAAUGCUUUUCAUGUAAAGCUAACCAAAAAAAGGGCUGACUUUCUAUUGGUAUUUGUAAAAAGGUCCCCUUAUUGAAUGUGAUGAGUUUGUGCCCAUUCUCAUUGAGCCAAGCAGACAGCUAACAUCAUUUUGCACUUCACUGCACGCUUCAGAGCGACUGGGAUAGUGAGAGAGUGCGCACGCAGCAAGCACUGACCUCUUUAUUUCAGAGCUGUGGAGGCAUCUAGAUUCAGUUUUAAAUAUUCCAGUUUCUAUCCAUUGGCCAGGAUUCAAGAACAGGACAGAAAAUAAUGCAGGUAUUACGUACACAAGUGCAAAAACAUAAGAUUUAUUGAUUGAUUAUUCGUAAUAAUUACAUGUGGUCAGUUCAUUUGGGAAGAUCAAGCCAGCCAACCCCCUCCUUUUGUAUAAGUGAAAUUAAAUGUGUUUGUUUAAAAUUGACAAUGAGAGCCUUUCUUCCUACCCUCCCCCUUUCCAAGUACAUGCCCCCUACCAUUUCCUUUUCUUUUGAAAAAGUCAAAUCCAUUUCUUACUGCAUGAAUGGAAACCUAAAAGACGGAAACUUCUAGAGAAACAAAAAAAUAGUAGCUUUGUUUUUUUUGUUUGUUUUUUAUUUGUUUUUUUUCUGUGUAUUUCGAAAGAAAGAUACUGUACUAUUUGCAGACUCUUACUAACGCUCUUGUUUUCUUAUUUUGUCUCUUUUGGUGUUUUCACGACUGAUAUUGUUAUUUAGAAGGUUUCAGGUGGGUGAAACUAUUCCAGCGUAGGUGCCUCGCUGAAAGGAACUCUAGGGCAGCAUCACUCCUCACCUCCUCUUCCAGCUCCGGCCGCCCCCGACAAAGUCGAAAAAUAUGGCCUGUUACCUGAAAGCUAUUGAGACUCAGCCAAACUUUGCUGUGGCUUGGAGUAACCUGGGCUGUGUCUUUAACGCCCAGGGAGAGAUCUGGUUGGCCAUUCACCACUUUGAAAAGGCUGUAACUUUAGAUCCCAAUUUCUUGGAUGCCUAUAUUAACUUGGGCAACGUGCUGAAAGAAGCCCGCAUUUUUGACAGAGCUGUUGCUGGUUACUUGCGAGCUCUCAGUCUGAGCCCAAACCAUGCUGUGGUGCAUGGGAACCUGGCAUGUGUUUAUUAUGAACAGGGCUUGAUUGACCUAGCCAUUGAUACGUACCGUCGUGCCAUCGAGCUGCAGCCACACUUCCCUGAUGCCUAUUGUAACCUGGCCAACGCCCUCAAGGAGAAGGGCAAUGUAAGAAACUACACGGUUGCUGAAGCAGAGGAGUGUUACAACACAGCUCUACGACUGUGUCCCACCCAUGCCGACUCCCUCAAUAACCUGGCCAACAUCAAGAGGGAGCAGGGCAACAUAGAGGAGGCAGUGCGGCUCUACAGGAAAGCCUUAGAGGUGUUCCCAGAGUUUGCAGCAGCGCAUUCAAACUUGGCCAGUGUAUUGCAGCAGCAGGGCAAGCUGCAGGAGGCACUAAUGCAUUACAAGGAGGCCAUCAGAAUAAGCCCUACCUUUGCUGAUGCCUAUUCCAACAUGGGCAACACCCUGAAAGAGAUGCAAGACAUUCAGGGAGCUUUGCAGUGUUACACACGGGCCAUCCAGAUAAACCCUGCCUUUGCAGAUGCACACAGCAAUCUUGCCUCCAUUCAUAAGGACUCUGGAAAUAUCCCUGAAGCCAUUGCUUCUUAUCGGACAGCGCUGAAACUGAAGCCUGAUUUCCCAGAUGCUUACUGUAAUCUGGCACACUGCCUGCAGAUUGUCUGUGACUGGACUGAUUAUGAUGAGCGAAUGAAAAAGCUGGUGAGCAUUGUGGCUGAUCAGCUUGACAAGAAUCGUCUGCCCUCUGUGCAUCCUCACCACAGCAUGCUGUACCCGCUGUCUCAUGCCUUCCGCAAGGCCAUUGCAGAGCGGCACGGGAACCUGUGCUUGGACAAGAUAAAUGUUCUUCACAAGCCACCUUAUGAGCACCCGAAGGAUUUAAAGGUCAGCAACGGCCGUCUCCGUAUUGGUUAUAUCAGCUCUGAUUUUGGUAACCAUCCGACCUCCCAUCUUAUGCAGUCCAUCCCUGGCAUGCACAAUUCAGAGAAAUUUGAGGUGUUCUGUUAUGCGCUCAGUCCUGACGAUGGCACUAAUUUCCGUGUGAAAGUGAUGGCUGAGUCGCACCAUUUCACAGACCUGUCCCAGAUACCUUGUAAUGGAAAGGCAGCAGACAGAAUUCACCAGGAUGGGAUUCACAUUCUUAUCAACAUGAACGGAUACACCAAGGGGGCGCGCAAUGAGUUGUUUGCUCUGCGUGCUGCACCGUUACAGGCGAUGUGGCUGGGAUACCCUGGAACAAGUGGUGCGCCCUUCAUGGAUUACAUCAUCACUGAUAAAGAGACGUCUCCAAUAGAGGUGGCAGAACAGUAUUCUGAGAAACUGGCUUACAUGCCCAACUCUUUCUUCAUUGGGGACCAUGCCAACAUGUUCCCACACCUCAAGAAAAAGGCAGUGAUUGAUUUCAAGUCUAACGGACAAAUUUUUGACAAUCGCAUUGUUCUAAAUGGGAUUGAUCUGAAGGCCUUUCUGGACAGCUUACCUGAUGUGAAGGUGAUCAAGCUGAAGUGUCCUGAUGGCCAGGAAAGUGACAGCAACUCUGCCCUCUCAAUGCCAGUCAUCCCCAUGAACACGGCUGCUGAGGCCAUCAUUAACAUGAUCAACCAAGGCCAGAUCCAGGUCACUAUUAAUGGCUUCACUGUAAGCAAUGGGCUGGCCACAACGCAGAUUAAUAACAAGGCAGCGACUGGUGAGGAGGUCCCUCGCACCAUCAUUGUGACAACACGUUCUCAGUACGGGUUGCCUGAGGAUGCAAUUGUGUACUGCAACUUCAACCAGCUGUAUAAGAUUGAUCCCCAGACUUUGCAGAUGUGGGUGAAUAUCCUGAAGCGUGUGCCAAACAGUGUGCUGUGGCUGCUGCGAUUCCCUGCAGUGGGGGAGCCCAACAUUCAGCAGUAUGCCCAGAACAUGGGACUUCCGGCCAACCGCAUCAUCUUCUCCCCUGUUGCGCCAAAGGAGGAGCAUGUGCGCAGGGGUCAGCUGGCAGAUGUUUGCCUGGACACCCCACUUUGCAACGGGCACACCACAGGCAUGGAUGUGCUGUGGGCUGGAACACCAAUGGUCACCAUGCCAGUUCUGGUAGGACAAGUCUGGAAACAGUCAGUCAUCAGCUGUGGAAAGAUGUUUCUCCCAGGAGAGACUCUGGCAUCCCGAGUAGCUGCAUCCCAACUCACCUGCCUUGGCUGCACGGAGCUCAUUGCUCAAAACCGCCAAGAAUACGAGGAUGUGGCAGUCAAACUGGGAACAGAUAUGGAGUACUUGAAGAAGAUCCGAGCCAAGGUGUGGAAGCAGCGUAUCUGCAGUCCGCUUUUUAACACCAAGCAGUACACCAUGGAGCUGGAGAAGCUCUAUCUACAGAUGUGGGAGCACCACAGCGCUGGAAAUAAACCUGAACAUCUUCUCAAACCCAAAGCACUGGAGACCACUGAGACCGCUUGAGCAGGGACACUGCAACAGCGGGUUUCCCAGCAUGUCCUUACAUCCUCCUUUUUGUUUUUGUUUUUUAUUGCAUACACUUUUUCCUGCAGCCUUGUUGAAAGAGACUCAAUUUGCCAGAGAGCUUUCCAGCUGCAAAGGGGUUCCUCUUUUUUUAACUGAAAUUUCAACUCCUAACCUGCUGAUUUCCCCUGAAGAUGGGAGCCUUUUCAUAGCCUUUCAAAUGGGGGGAAACUACACGUUUACCCUGUUAAGAAAUUGUGCUGUUUUCUGUAUGAUCCAGGAUAACCACCAACCCCCCCCCCCCCCCCCCCCCCCCCACUCCCAAUUUGUAAAUCUUCAACGUAAAAGCGGAUGUAAUAACACUUUAUGUCUCUUAAGUUGGACUGUUCGUGAACAUAAUAUAUCCCACAGUAAAAUAGUUUUUUUUUAUUGAUGUGUUGAAACACUUUUUCAUCUGGGCACGGAAUAAACAAAUACUAAUCUAUUGCUUAUGGGAGUCCCUCUAAAUAAUUGCCACUUGGCUCUGCCAGGCUUCCAGUGCAGGUCACCUUCCUCAAGUUAAUGCCCAUGCUGUACUCUUCUGGUUGGUAUUUAUUUGGUGGGGGAAGUGGGGAAUAGUCAAACUCUCCCUAUGUCAAUUUCUAUUCAGCAUUUACUGUACUGUAUAGAAUGCAUCUUUCAUUAGUCCAAAGGUUUAAAUCACUGAGAGGAUUCAUCUCUGGUCAGAGAUUUAGUGUUGCUAUUUAGUCCAGGCUUUUUUGUUAACAAUCCCAUCUUGCAAUCCAUGCUUCUUGUGGAAGGGCCCAGGUAAGUAUUUUUAAAACCUGAUUUUUUAAAUUUUUUUGCUUUUCAAAAUUCAUCAAUAUUUUUGCAGUUUGAGACUUGGUGUACCUUUUUGUUGCACUGGCUUUUGAUAAGAACUACACUGGAAAACUACAAUAUAAGUAUGCAACUUAUCUUUUUGUUUUGGAGAAAUGUUUAUAGAGAGUGUUCAAAUCAUUUUGUCUUUUGAAUGUGUUUAAGACUAGCCCUGUGUACAUUAGUGCUUAUUUCUACAGAGGCCAGAAGCUUGCGUGCGCGGUUCUUUUUUUUUUUUUUUGCCAGAUCUAGCUAGGCCACUGGGGUCUGUACUUCGGUGUUUUCUUUGAAAAUCUACACGCAGACUUCCCACAUGAUCUGAAAGAUGUCUGCACCACCAAAAACGUUAUAUAGGGUACAGAUGUUUAGCCUGAAAGCCCUGGAACCUGCAGCAUUCAGUGCAUACAAGCUAAGCCACCAACAGCCUAAAAUGAUUUGGAAAUGCAUAAUCGCUAUCUAAAUACAAUAGAAAAGCUACUGUUGAACAUCACAUUUCUGGUUUGUUAUUGGUGGUCAUUUUAUUGAAUGCAACACGGACUGUUUGUACAUGUUUUGAAAUGCAUUUCUAGGAAACGGGAGUCGGCAGAUUUAGCGGCUGGCAGGUCCAGUUUUCCCCAAUAUACAUGUAAAUGUAUUUUUUUUGUAUUGGAGGGACUCUUGAAAUAACCCUGCAGUUUUAAAUGGUAAAUAAAUUUGUGUUUUUCCAGUGCAGUCGUAUCAGCCAUGUUAAACUGUGCUUGUCAUGCAAAGGCAGGGCCUGGACUUCAAAGACAUUUUAAAAUGUGCCGCUGUAAAUAGAUGAUUGGAAAAAAAUAUGGUGGGUGUGUGAUUAUUAUUAUUAUUAUUAUUAUUAUUAUUAUUAUUAUUAAUACCGCUGUAAAUAGAGAUAAUUGGAAACAAAUUUGGUGUUUGUGUCAUUAUUAUUAAAGUUGUCUUUUAUAUGACA